UUUUAUCCCGAUUUUAUUUUCCCGUGGAAUCAUUUUCGAUUUGCUAUCCUCCGAACAGCUAGUCUAACAUAAAAACAGGUAAAAUAAUAAUUUCUUAGCAAAGUAAAACUGGUCAAAAAGAGGCCACAAAUAAUUUAUUUAUCCUCAAUAAAAAACAUCUUGAAUUAUCGUUCUCCGAAAUUUGACCUUACCAAACCGGCUGAAGCUCCAAUAUGGUUGAAUGUAUUUAGUCACUUUCUGUGGUGCCUAGGAAAAUGACGUGUGACGUCAGAACCCUGUUGUUUAUUUUAUUUGUGUUGAUUGGAACGUGUUUGGCUCAGAAUUAUGAAGUUCCGGAGCCGACGGUGGAAGCCUUGUUUCCUAAGGGUUUUAAAGUCAGUUUAAAAGAUGACGGAUAUUCAUUUUUUGGAUUCCGAGGAAAUAUAAAUGAAGAAUUCCAUGAAGUUAAAGAAGGCCAGAUAAAAGCAGAUAUCGUAUCAAAACAAGGCGGCUAUUGGGUUUAUAAGAACAGGAGCAAAAAACUAGAAGUUGGAGACACAAUAUUUUACUGGAUUUAUGUGAUCAAGGACGGGAAGGGCGCCAUGAGUCCUGUGUUUGAUUACACUGUUACUGAAAUUCCUGCCCCUGGUUCAUCACCAGGCAAAGGCCCAAAGGCACCACAGAAAACUACCACAGAAAAUGAUCUUUUUUCUUUCGAGAGGUUCGGCAGCUCAGAGCGCCCUUGUCAGGUCUCCAAAACUGUGGUACAAGGAGAAACCUCAGUUUGUGAAGGAAAUCUGAUUUUCAACGAGGAGUUCGAAAAGACAAGUCUCAGGGAUUUAAGCAAAUGGAAUGCAGAGAUCAUGUUUCCAAGAGAACCGGACUUUCCAUUUAACGCGUAUAUUCCGGACAACACGAUCAGUUUUGGUGAUGGAUCACUGAUCAUCAGCCCUGUGCUUACCGAGACGCAACAAGGAGAAGACUUCCUUUAUAAAGCUGUCGACCUAAGUGUUAGAUGUACAGGUAAGGCAGAUCGGAGUGAGUGCAGACAUGAAGCUUCAGGUGCUAAUGUAUUCCCUCCAGUGCUCACGGCCAAGAUCAGCACCCGACACAAUUUCAACUUCAAGUUUGGAAGGAUCGAAGUGCGAGCAAAGCUGCCAGCUGGCAGUUGGCUGAUACCUGAAAUAAAUUUGGAGCCAUCAGACCAUACUUAUGGACAAGAACACUACGAGUCCGGUGUUAUGCGCGUGGCCUUUGCCCGGGGCAACCCAAUUCUGGCGAAGAAGCUGUAUGGAGGUCCAGUACUGUCAGACACUGAGCCCUUCAGGUCAGCUUUGCUCAAAGAGAAGAUUGGAAUCGAAAACUGGAAUAAGGACUUCCAUAACUACACUUUGGUCUGGAAACCAGACGGCAUCGAAUUAUUGGUGGAUGGAGAUCGCUAUGGUACAGUCAGUCCUAACGGAGGAUUCUACGAGGCUGCGAGGAAGCAUGGCGUCACUCACUCUUCGCACUGGGUGAAAGGAACUGUCAUGGCGCCGCUUGAUGAAAUGUUUCAUGUGACCCUUGGUCUUCGAGUGGGGGGUAUUAACGACUUUCCCGAUGACCUCGCUGACAAGCCGUGGGCGAACCGCGCCAGCAAGGCCAGGCUCAACUUCUGGAAGCAAAAAGACUCCUGGUAUCCAUCUUGGUAUAACAGUGCUCUACAUGUGGACUACGUCAGAGUAUAUGCACUUUAGCAUGUAACAUUUAAUGAAAAAUAAAUAUGAAGGAGAAAUUA